AUGCAGCUGAAGACAAAGACAAGUCAACUGACACAAUCAGAUAAACCACUUGAAUGUCACCGUUUAGACAUCAGAGAGAGGAAGUCUGACGCAUUUGCUUGUUCAACUGUACAUUUACAAUGGUUAACACAGAGAUGGAAGAGUGAGCUGGAAUCAGAGAAAAGAAGAAGAUGGACUGUUGAAGGAAAACUGAAAGACGAGAAGAGAAAAUGUCACAAGCUAACUGAACAACUCAAGAAACUACAGCUGCAGAGCAGUGAGCAAAAUUUACUCGCACUAUCUAGAGAUGCACACAAAAAACUUGCAGAUGCCAAUGAAAUGAAAGACGAAAUGAGGAGAAUUCAUGCAGAAUUAGGUGAAUUAAAACACCAAAACAACAAGCUGCUGCAUUAUCAGCAUCAGAUUUGGAGUGGCGGAUCAAUACAGUCAGUUGAUAGAAAGCAGAGUGACAAGACCAGGAGCCUCAAUCGAAAACUGGAACAUCAGACAAAAGUGAGGGUUGACAAUCAGUUAGACACUCUAAUCGAUCCACACUGGAACGAACGAUUUCGGCCUCAGUGUAACUACAUCAUCGAAGUGCUGAAACCUUGCAAGCUCUUGACGACUUUGUUUGCUGAGAAGCUUAUUGAUCAUAACGAGUAUUGCAAAGUCAGACAAGGCAUUGCAACUUCGACAGACAGAGAGGUGAGCGAGAUGCUGCUGCUGGAGAUUUUGUUCACUAAAGGUCCGGGAUCGUUCCAUAAGUUUUGUUCAGUACUGAGACAAGUCGAAGGACAACAACAGAUUGCAGAUAUGUUGGAAGCAGACUUUGACUGA